UCGUUGAGUAUUAAAAGUUGAUAAGAGCAAAAUAACACAUUAUAGAAUGCUUGGAAAUUCGUAUACACAAUUACAAUUCUUUAAACGUUUUAUUGUCUAAAUAAUACAUACUGAAAGAAUAAAACUUUUACGUUCAACUAAGCAUCGAUCAUCAUACGUUAUUUAAUUAUUUAGAGUUAAUGUCUAUACGAAUUUAAUUUAACUAUCGGAUUUCACGACAUAAUAAAUAAAUACUCUGUCGAAACCAAAUUUAUCAUCAGUACUGUAUUGUGCUGUAUCCAUCUGUCUAUGAAUAAGGAUCAACAGCAGUUAGCAGCUGGUAGCCGCAAUAAUGUCUGUAGUGGAUAAAAUUAAGCACUAUCAGCGAAAUAUUGAAAAAUGUGAUGACAAUGAGGAUAGAAUACUACAUUGCAUUUCAAAGUUAUCUAAUUUGCCAGUGACGGUGCAACAUUUACAAGAAACUGGUGUAGGACGUACAGUAAAUGCUUUAAGAAAGUACGAAGGUGGAAUCGGAGAUGCUGCUAAGGCGCUUGUUGCAAAAUGGAAAACAAUGGUUGCUAAUGAAGAAAGCAGCGAAGGUGAAGAUGAAGAUGAAGCAUGUGUCCCUGAUGUACCUGAAAGUUACAAUGAUAAUCGAGAAUCUCCCAAAUCUGAAGAAAGUGCAGUGAGACACAAAAGUGAAGGUAGUGGAAAAUAUAUGCAUAGGCAUAAGACAGAAAAAGCUGAAGUAUCACAUACAUCACACAAUAGUAAACAUUCUUCUAAGCAUGAAUCAAAAGUAAAAUCUGUGGAAUCACAAUCGAAAAGUAAUUGUGAUACCAAAAUUUUAGAUAAUGAUUUAGAAAAACAGAAGAAGUAUGAUAAACAUAAACAUAUUCAUAAACAUGAAUCAAGAAGUGAUAAAAGAUCUUCAAAAGAUAAUAAAAGUGCCUCUAAAAAUGAUGAUACGCAUGUUUCUAAAUCACACAGUCAUAACAAAUCUGAUAACUUAGAAAAAUAUUCCAAUAGGUCUUCCUGUAACAGUAGUUUAUCUAAAAACAGUGAAGAAAAUCAUAAAAAACGUAAAAAUGAUGAUUCAAAUACUUCAAGGAAAGAAAGUAAACGAAGAAAAAAUUCAGAAAGUGAGAACGAAGAAAGCAAAUUUGAUAUAUCUUCUAAUUCUGAGAAGCAUAAUGUUAAUUCUGCACUAGGCAUAAUUAAAAUAAAAGAAGAACCCAAGGAUAAAGAAGUAUUAAACAAGCAUGAAAUUAAGCCUGAAAUUAAGCAUGAAAAGAAAGACUCGCAGGAGAAAGUAAAAGGAAGUUCUAGUAAACACAGAACUGAUUCCUCUAGCAGCAAGUUAAAAGAAAGUGGAGACAAAUAUAAAUAUAAAAGCGAAACACACACAUCAUCUAGUAAAGAUGAAACUAAAAAAGUUGAUAGUCAUUAUUCUAAUAAAGAUUCUUCAGAAUCGAAGUAUAGUAACAGUUCCUCUCAUGACAAACAUUGUGAUAAAAAUAAAGAUAGAAGCAAGAAAAAGGAACACAAAGAAGGAAAAAGUAAACAUGACAGUAAAAGUAGUAAAGAAUCAAAGCAUUCUAAACAGGGAUCAAAGGAACCAAAGGAAUUAGUGAAAAUAAAACAAGAGAUGAAUGGUGAUGAAGGAAUAGAUUGCCACUCUGGAGCUAGUUUUGCAGAAGCGCUUGGCAUGUGCACAAUGGCUCAACUAUCUAAAAAACGUAGUAAUAAUUCCCCAAGUUCAAGUUCAGCAAAAAUAAUCAAACCAGAACAGUCAGUCACAAAUAACAAAAAAACAACAAAAACUGAACCAGCAACCGAAACUUUACAACCACCAUCUCUUCUAUCAUCAUCUGUAAAAUUAGAACCUUUGAAUGUAGAUUUAGCAUCUACACUACCUGAAAUUAGUCCCAAUUACAAACCACUGCCAUAUGUCAACCCUAUUCAUCGUAAAGAAGAAGAUAAAGCUCUUACAGAUGUGAUGUAUGUUAAAAACCAAAGGACAAAAGUAUAUUCGGGAAAUAAGUCUGGUUACACCACUGUACCAACUCUGUUUGAGUUGUGCACAAGAAUAUUAAUGGACAAUAUCGAUGCACUUGAAUUUACGGGUGGUGUACCUUUUGAUAUACUAAAACCAAUUUUGGAACGUGCAACAUCAGAUCAAUUAUUUAUGUUGGAACACUACAAUCCUUAUUUAAUUGAAGAUACAGACGUAUUGUGGCAAUUUCAUUGUAAUCGUGAAUUUAGAAACAAACAAAGAGAAGAAAUGGAAACAUGGCGUGAAAUGUACAUGCGUUGCCUAGAUGAACGAGAAGCAAAGUUGAAAGCACUUACAGCUAAUAUAAAGCAAUCAAUAGACAAAUCUGUUCCAGUAAGGUCUACCAAACUAGCAUAUGUAGAUAACGUUGUCAAACCUCCAAGAAACAUUCUUAAAAAGCAGGCCAAGUAUGGCACUGCGAAUUGUGUACCUAGUACUGCAUCUACUUUAAAGAAAAAAUUAAUUAGUGGCGGAGGAAAUCCCGCGGAUGCAACAAACAUUGCUGUUCCACCACCACCUAUGUCUCGUGCUAAGUCAUCAUCUGGUGUUGUAAAGAAAACUAAAGCACCAUUGAUGGCGAAAGCGUUGCAAUUAAUAAAAGGACGUUAUAAACGGUAGUUCAUAUAACGAAAUAUGUUUGUUUGGAGUUCACAUGCUGCUUCAGAUGUUUAAAGAUGCUAAAUAGAUCAAAAUAACUGCUUAGUGCUUUCAUAUCUACUGUAAACAUAAUCAGUUUUAUCAAUUGUACAGUAGAAGAGCACAAGUAUUUGAGUUUUGAACAAUAUAUAUAGAAAUCGGAAAAUUUUUUUACAAGGUGAAAAGAAUUGUACCAAACUUCGGACAAAAUUAAUUAUCGUAAAGUCGGUAAUUAAUGUGUCAUUAAGGACACCUAUAUAUACUAGUAAUUGAAGUUUACAUAUAUACAAUUCCAGAUCAAAAUAUUUCACACAGUCAUUGAAUUUAUUUUUAUUUGCUGUGUGUUUCAUUUUACAACUGACAUGAUUAUACUGCUUGAUAAUGACCAUCCGUAUAUUGUAUAACGUAGAAAUACUACGUACCUAAUUAAUGUAUCCCAUUUGUUGCUGUGAUUCAUUGAUUUCCUUUAGAUUACAUUGUAAAUAAUUUUUGUGAGAAAAACUAGGGCGGUAUAUAAACAGAACAAAUAAAUACAUAUACUAGAAACUGAAUAAAAUUAUAAAAAUUGCUAAUAUUAAGAAUGUAAUACACUCUUUACAUUCUUUGAGAGUCACGAUUAAAAAUAUAAUUAAAAAUAUUUCGAAUGAUUGGCGUCAUAGAUCCGUGUAAAGUUAUUUAUAAACAGUUAAUGAAAUAUCCUGUGUAUUGAAAGAUACUUACAUUAUCAUAAAAAAAUUAAUUAGAAUUAAUGAUACUUGGAAAUUUGUAACACUGAAUUAUUUUAAUAAUUAAAAGUACACAGUAAAUUUUAAGAAGUUGAAAAAAAAAUUAAACAAAAAUGUGCGUAAUAAGUUACAGAGUUCUAAAUCACUGGGAUGGUUGAAAUGUAAUUUAUUCGAUAUAUAGGAAUAUGCUAUAGAUAAUUCAAUGUAUCGUAUAUUAAUAUUUUUGUACAUUCUUUUCGAUGAAUUGUCAAUAGCUAAACAUUCUAUAAAAAUAGGAUUAUUUUGUUCAACGCGUGAUGUUUAUAUGGAUAUGUAGAAUUCAUUAAUUCAUUAAUCUGAAACAUUGAUUUUUGUAUACUUCAUGCUGUAUAUGUUGUUAUUUUUAUUCGUUUAAAUGAAUAUGCAGUUCAAAGUUUAAAAAAUUUUAUUAAUUUUCAAUGCAUUUUCGGUAUACAAUAAUCAGAUUAAAAAAUUAUGAUUCUAUUAAAGAAAACGAUAAAAAUUAAUAAUGAAUUAUGUUUAAAACUAUCUUUGUAAUAGUAUACAUCAAUGACACGUUACAGAAGUAAUAAUUUUCUAAAGUUUAUAGUCGCAUUUUAUUCGUUUUAUAGUAAUACAAAUGUAUGUUCGAAACUUUUAAUUAUGUUUUAUACGUAAAUUGAUUUUUUCCAGUCUUUAAUACAAAUUGCAUUUGGAUAAAUCUUUUUUUGUGCAAAAUACCUAAAGUAACAUUAAUAAAAUGUCACAAAUUGUAUUAUACAUAUUUAUUGAAAUCAAUAAAAUGAUAUUUCAAAGCAAAUAUUUUACGUUUGUUAUAACCAGGAGAAAAGAAGUUGAAAGUGAACAUUUAGUUAAUUUAAGAUCAUUAUUGUUACAUUUGAAUUUCUUACAUUACGUUUUACUUGACUGUUGAAGUUCAAUGUUUAAUCCUGAAAUUAUAUGUUUAACCUCAUAAAGACUAAAUGGAAAUGAUGUACAUGAUCAAUUCUGUAUACAAUCACGUUCAAGUAUACUUUUCUUAGAGCAUAUCAAUUUAGAUCCCCUGUAAAAUAUUUUAAUUUUGUAUGUAAAUGUGUUUCUAAGAAUUAACAGAUUGCGAAAGUGGAAAACUCUUACAUUUGUGUAAAAGUAUUUAAAUAUUAUGUGUUUGUAACAGCUUAUAACGAUUCUUGUACCUGCCUUGUUUUCAUAAUCAUGAUUUUAUGCUAAUAUACACUGCGCAAUGUACAGUGAUGUUCAUAAAUGAAGUACUUUAUAUUUUAUUAUUACGUUCAAUAAUUUGUCAUCCAUCUGGCAUUUAUGAGAAGAAUUGAACAUUGCUUAUUUUAUGAACUUCUUGUACUUAUUUAUGUAAAAUGAAAAUUGGAGGAUGAAAAUUGGAAAUAUUCGUUGAACGAUAUUAUCAAGUAAAAUGUUUGCAGUGUAAAUAUAAAUAUGUGCUCAGGAUGUACAUUAUACCGCAUAUAAUUACGAUUAUUUAAUAUUAAUUUGAUUAUGAUUAGAAAUUUGAUUAACAAGUCCUUAAAAUUUAUAUUAUUUUUGAUAAAUUUUCAUUCUUCAAGCUGUCAAAUUAAAUUUUUAUACAUUAGAAUACAGAUUCGAAUGACAGGGAAAAAACCAGUUCAGUUCUAAUAAAUGUUGAUACACAUAUUUGCAUUGUUCAUCAACUUGAUGUUAGAAAGUUUAAUAUGACAUUGUUAGAACGUAUAAGUUGCAGUUAUAAGUUGGUUAAAUUUGAGGAAGAUUUUUGUUGCAAUCAAUGUAUAGCAAUUUGAAAUAUAGUAUUUUCAUAUGAUAAAAUAAUAAAAAUUU